CUCGUCUGUGGUUCAUCCUCAAGCUUGGGAACCCAUCUGCAGUUCUCGAUCGACGCGCCAAUCUAUACACCCUUCUUUUCCACUCAGAUGCUUUCCCUGCGCGUGGCGUCUCCUCAGCUCUUGGUCCACGAACGGUACGAAGUUUUCAAGGGAAGAGCUCGUUUCGCGGUGGUGCGUGCGGUGGAGGAAGACUCGAAGCAAUUCGAGGUAGACCAGGACAAGGCUCGCGAAGCCCUUCAGCAGCUCGACCAGCAGCUCCAGUCUCUGUCCCAGAAGCGAACCCCGUCUCCAAAAGUCAAGGCUUCAGAUGUGAGGCUGGCAAGUGACCAGACAACAGGAGAAGGCGGGAUGGAGAUUUCGGGAUCUUUGCUAUCGUACACAGCCGGCGGCCUCCUGCUCUUCACCUUCCUGUAUAACCUGUUGUUCUACAGCGUCAUCAAACCCUCCAUAGACGGACCGGACUAUCCCCCAGAAACUCCCAUCACAACACAAGCUUCAGAAGCCGCGGAUUCACUCCAGUCGUCGCCGUCGCUGCUCGAAACUCCCUAAUACAUUCGCCUGUGACAACGCGAUCCGGUGCCAGCCAACAGAAAAACACACUUAGUCGAGCUACUUUCGAAAUGCGCAACAUCGGUAAAUUAGGCAAGCAUCACGCCUCUCCAGCUUUUAUAUUCCUACAGAGAUAUAUCUGACUGUUCAUUUUCUAAGGUCUAUUUUCAACACCUGGAGAUAAC